AUCAAGUGGGAAAAUGUCGAGACCGGAGGAACUUUGUGGACUAGUGAAAGAGGAGCCCCAACGUCACCGACACUCGACUGUGUGCAAACUAAUGCACGCUAAGGUUGUUCUUCACAGACUAGAAGAUCUAUAUGUCAGCCAAGCCCAUUAUCCUGAGCACCUGGAGUCUGCAUGCAUCAAGGACGAGGAGGAAAAGGCGCCAUCCAUUAAGGAAGAGUUCGUACGCAUCAAAGGUUUCAGGAGAAAUCUUGUGUCUGAGCGGCACAAGCCAGAAUCUCCUGGCUUUAAAGAGGAUGUUGAGCUCCCCCAAAUCAAAGAGGAGGAGGAGCCAGAGCCCUGUCAACAGAAGCCACUUCCAAUCAAAAAGGAGGAAAAAGAGCUGCCAUGCGUUAAAAAGGAGGAAGAGGAGGAGCAUAUCACUACGUCAAAUGGUGAGCCCUUGAAGACUGAAGAUGGUCUGAGUGAGGCUGGCAGAGGGGCGGAGCCUCCAAGCUGCUGCACCAGCAGCUCAACAGAAGGAUUGCAGGCAGAUAUUUUCGGCGCUCCAUCAAACAGAAGUGGCACCACAUCGAACUCACCUUACAAUGAUGAUGGACAUAAUAAAUCUUACAGUGACGACAGCAUCUGCAAAUGCUCUCAGUGUGGGAAAACCUUUCCUACCAAGCAAACUUGUCAUGCGCAUAUGAGGAUCCACACUGGUGAAAAACAGUUUGUCUGUUCAGCUUGUGGUCAAAGAUUCAGUCAGAAGAGCCACUUAAAAGAACACACAAGAACCCACACUGGCGAAAAACCUUUUUUCUGCUCAGUUUGUGGUCAAAGAUUUGCUCGGAAGCAAAUCUUAAAACGACACAAAAGAAUCCACACUGGCGAAAAACCUUUUCCCUGCUCAGUUUGUGAUCAAAGAUUCAGUCACAAAAGCGCCUUAAAAAACCACACAAGAACCCACACUGGCGAAAAACCUUUUUCCUGCUCUGUUUGUGAUCAAAGAUUCGCCCAAAAGCAAAAUUUGAAAGUACACAUAAGAACCCACACUGGCGAAAAACUUUUUUCCUGCUCAAUUUGUGGUCAUAGAUUCCCUCAGAAGCAACACUUGAAAGUACACAUAAGAACCCACAGUGGUGAAAAACCUUUUUGCUGCUCAGUUUGUGACCAAAGAUUCUCUCAAAAGCAACACUUAAAACAACACACAAGAACCCACACUGGCGAAAAACCUUUUUCCUGCUCAGUUUGUGGUCAAAGAUUCACUCGAAAGCAAUACAUCAAAGAACACACAAGAACUCACACUGGCGAAAAACGUUUUUCCUGCUCAGUUUGUGAUCAAAGGUUUGCUCGAAAGGGAAGUCUAACAAAACACAUAAGAACCCACACUGGCGAAAAACAUUUUUCCUGCUCAGUUUGUGGUCAAACAUUCGCUCUAAACCAACACUUGAUAGAACACAAAAGAACCCACACUGGCGAAAAACCUUUUUCCUGCUCAGUUUGUGGUCAAAGAUUCACUCGAAAGCAAUGCAUCAAAGAACACACAAGAACUCACACUGGCGAAAAACCUUUUUCCUGCUCAGUUUGUGGUCAAAGAUUCAGUCACAAGAGCACCUUAAAAAGACACACAAGAACCCACACUGGCGAAAAACCUUUUUCCUGCUCAGUUUGUGGUCAAAGAUUCGCUCAAAAGCAAUACUUGAUAGAGCACACAAGAACCCACACUGGCGAAAAACCUUUUUCCUGCUUGGUUUGUGGUCAAAGAUUCGCUUGGAAGAAUCAGAUGAAGAGACACGUGUGUGGCGGUGUGAGAAGCAGUGGCCAAUCAAUGUCUGUAAUGCCUGUCAUCCAUUCUGGCCUCAUCAGAUUUUGCAUGCAGGUUAGAUUAGGGUUGGGGGUUACGUUCGUAUUCGUGGUACACUUUAUUUUUGUGAUUGCAUUUUUUUUUUGGACUUUGCCAUUUUGUGUUUAAUCUUUUCUAGCCAUCAACGUCUUUCCUUUGGGUCUCUCGCCAACUGGCAUUAUUUAUAUCAUAAUCUCCUUUUCAAACUACACUUUUCACAUUCAAUAUUUGAAACCACAGACCCCAAACUCCAAAAAUUCAAAAUCAUUCAUAUAUAUUGUCAUUAAAUAAAUAUGGAAAUUUAGAAUAUAUUGUUUGUUAUUGCAAAAAAAAAUACUGGCUCACAAAUGAGUUUUUUGUGUGGAGGUUAAUGUAAUUUUUUUUUUUUCUAAAUUGCUAUUACAACUCGUGAUUGGCAGAGUAUGAGGGUCAAAUAAAGAAAAAUUAAGAAGAAUAAGACAGUAAAGUCGUGUUUUUACUACACAAAUUUUUCUUUUUUGUAGCAAGUCAAGUUUUGGUGUAUCGUUUUUGUUAGUUAACUAAAUUUAUAAAACACACAGAAUCAUUUCUGUAUUUAACUUUGCAGAUUAUAUAUGUUUUGUGUUGAAAAUGUUUUUGUUUGUUAAUAACAUGGUCACCACCUGACACAUACAGGGGUCGCAUUG